AUGCGGGUGGUGACCGUCGUAAUCCUACUUUUCUUUUGUAAAGUCGCUGAGCUCCGCAAGGCAAGCCCCGGGGGUGCAAGAAACCGAGUGAACCAUGGCCGGGCUGGUGGGAGCCGGAAAAACUCCAACCCGGUCAAACGCUAUGCACCAGGCCUCCCCUGUGAAGUGUACACGUACCUUCACGAAAAAUACUUAGAUUGUCAAGAAAGAAAACUAGUUUAUGUGCUGCCCGACUGGCCUCAGGAUUUGCUGCACAUGCUGUUAGCAAGAAACAAAAUCCGCAUACUGAAGAACAGCAUGUUUUCCAAGUUUAAAAAGCUGAAAAGCUUGGAUCUGCAACAGAAUGAGAUCUCUAAAAUUGAGAGUGAGGCUUUCUUCGGUUUAAAUAAACUCACCACUCUCUUACUGCAGCACAACCAGAUCAAAGUCUUGACAGAGGAAGUGUUCAUUUAUACACCUCUCCUGAGCUACCUGCGUCUUUAUGACAACCCCUGGCAUUGUACUUGUGAGAUGGAAACGCUUAUUUCAAUGCUGCAGAUUCCAAGGAACCGGAAUUUGGGUAACUAUGCCAAGUGUGAAAGCCCACAAGAACUGAAAAAUAAAAAACUGAAGCAGAUAAAAUCUGAACAGUUAUGUAAUGAAGAAGAAAAUGAACAAUUGGUUCCGAAACCCCAUUUGUCAGGAAAACCCCCAGUCAUCAAGAUUGAGGUGGACUCUUCCCUUUGCCACAACUACGUAUUUCCCAUACAGACACUGGACUGCAGAAGAAAAGAGUUGAAGAAAGUUCCAAACAACAUUCCUCCAGAUAUUGUUAAACUUGACUUGUCACACAAUAAAAUCAACCAACUUCGACCCAAGGAGUUUGAAGAUGUUCAUGAGUUAAAGAAAUUAAACCUCAGCAGCAAUGGCAUUCAAUUCAUAGAUCCUGCUGCUUUUUUAGGACUCACACAUUUAGAAGAGUUAGAUUUAUCAAACAACAGUCUGCAAAACUUUGACUAUGGUGUGUUAGAAGACUUGUAUUUUUUGAAACUCUUGUGGCUCAGAGAAAACCCUUGGAGAUGUGAUUACAACAUCCACUACCUCUACUACUGGUUAAAGCAUCACUACAACGUGCAUUAUAAUGGCCUGGAAUGCAAAAUGCCUGAAGAAUACAAAGGGUGGUUUGUAGGAAAAUAUGUUCGGAGUUACUAUGAAGAAUGCCCCAAAGACAAAUUACCAGCAUACCCUGAAACAUUUGACCAAGAUAUGGAAGAUGAUGAAUGGGAAAAAGUACAUAAGGAUCACACAGCAAAGAAGCAAAGUGUAAGAAUCACUAUUGUGGGAUAA